AUGAGUAGCUGGGUGAGUGUGGAUCUAUGGACACUUCUCACCCUCAAUGUUCGCCAUCUUGGCUCUGUAGCAGAAGAGGGGGGGCUUUUAAAACAGGAAGUGGUGGCCGAGGACGCUACUAAAAACAGGAACUAUGAAAACCUCGACCAACACAACUUUGACUUCAGGAGAACACCCAAGGCAGAGAAGGUGCUGCUGUUCAGCCCGGAAACCAACCUGACAGCUCUGCUGCUGGAGGCCAAAGACCUGGAGGCUCGAGUCAUCAUCCUGUCUGCCAGUGAGGACGAAGCUGCAGCCGUGUAUAAAGCGGCCCGUCAGCUCAACAUGACCGGCUCUGGUUACGUCUGGCUGGUCGGAGAGAGAGAGAUGACGGGCAAAGCUCUGGGUGAAGCUCCAGAUGGCCUGCUGGGCCUCCAGCUGAUUAACGGUAAGAACGAAUCGGCUCACAUAACGGACGCGGUGGCAGUGGUGGCUCAGUCGCUGCAGGAGCUGUUUGAGAAGGAGAACAUCACGGAGCCGCCGCGGGGCUGCGUGGGAAACACCAACAUCUGGAGGACCGGCCCGCUCUUCAAACGGGUGCUGAUGUCAUCCAAGUAUCCGGACGGCCUGACGGGUCGGAUCGAGUUUAACGACGACGGCGACCGACGCUUCGCUACGUACAGCAUCCUGAACUACCAGCAGAAACCAGGACGCCUCGUCCCCGUCGGAGUCUUCAACGGCUCGCAGGUUGUGAUGAACCCUCAGAGGAAGAUCAUCUGGCCCGGAGGAGAGACAGAGAAACCAGUUGGAUACCAGAUGUCGACUAAGCUGAAGAUUGUGACGAUCCACCAGGAGCCGUUUGUAUAUGUGAAGCCAACUAAGACAGAUGGGACGUGUAAGGAGGAGUUCACUGUUAACGGAGUCCUCAUCAAGAAAGUGAUCUGUACCGGACCCAACGCAACCAUCCCAGGUCAGCCCAUCGUCCCUCAGUGUUGCUAUGGUUUCUGCAUCGACCUGCUCAUCAAGCUCGCCAUGAGCAUGAACUUCACCUACGAGGUUCACCUGGUGGCUGAUGGGAAAUUUGGCACACAGGAGCGCGUAAAGGACAGGAACUCCCGCCUGGCAUCAACAUGUCAGCUCUCUGAUGAAAUCCCGCGCAGCACUCUGGACUCGUUCAUGCAGCCGUUCCAGAGCACACUGUGGCUGUUAGUCGGUCUGUCGGUCCAUGUGGUGGCAGUGAUGCUUUACCUAUUAGACCGGUUCAGCCCGUUUGGAAGGUUUAAAGUGAACAGUGAAGAAGAAGAAGAAGAUGCCCUCACCCUGUCCUCCGCCAUGUGGUUCUCAUGGGGAGUACUGCUGAACUCUGGGAUAGGAGAAGGAGCUCCCAGAAGUUUCUCAGCUAGGAUUCUGGGUAUGGUGUGGGCAGGAUUCGCCAUGAUCAUCGUGGCAUCAUAUACUGCCAACCUGGCAGCCUUCCUGGUGCUGGACCGGCCUGAGGAGCGCAUCACUGGCAUCAAUGACCCCAGGCUGCGUAACCCAUCAGAUAAGUUCAUCUACGCCACAGUGAAGCAGAGCUCGGUGGAUAUUUACUUUCGACGGCAGGUGGAGCUGAGCACCAUGUAUCGGCACAUGGAGAAGCACAACUACGAGAGCGCCGCUGAGGCCAUCCAGGCCGUCAGAGACAAUAAGCUACACGCCUUCAUCUGGGACAGCGCUGUGUUGGAGUUCGAGGCGUCGCAGAAGUGCGAUCUGGUGACGACGGGAGAGCUUUUCUUCCGCUCUGGAUUCGGGAUCGGAAUGAGAAAGGACAGUCCGUGGAAACAGAACGUCUCUCUGGCUAUUCUCAGUUCUCAUGAGAACGGCUUCAUGGAGGAUUUGGACAAGACGUGGGUUCGAUACCAGGAGUGUGACUCCAGGAGCAACGCCCCCGCUACCCUCACCUUCGAGAACAUGGCAGGUGUGUUCAUGCUGGUUGCCGGCGGCAUCGUUGCCGGGAUCUUCCUCAUCUUCAUCGAGAUCGCGUACAAACGACACAAAGACGCUCGCAGGAAACAGAUGCAGCUCGCCUUCGCUGCCGUUAACGUCUGGAGGAAGAACCUGCAGGAUAGGAAAAGUGGUAGAGCAGAGCCCGAGCCCAAAACCUCUUUUAGGUCCAUCACUGCGACCUCCGACCUCAAACGCCGUAGGGCCUCCGGGGACGCCACGCCGUACCCGACUGACAUCACCGGCCAGCUCAACCUAUCAGAUCCCUCCGUCAGCACCGUGGUCUGA